GGACUUCUACAGCGCGUACGUGCGGGUGCCACCGAAAGAGUGCUGCUGAGAGCUGUGACGUUUAGUGCCGUCGCGCGCGUGUGCUAAAAGCAAAUACAUAUGACAAAUACUUGCUCAUACACACACACACACACGUACACAUGCAUAUGUGUCUGUCUGUAUAUAUAUGUGUAAUUUAAUUAACUUGCAUUUUGCAUUCAGUGCCAAUUAAUGCAUAAUUGCAUUACAAUUACAAUUCCAAUUACUAUUGUUAAUUUUUGAAGUGAAAGCUAAUGCGUUAUGCUGCCCCGUGCCAAAUUCGCCACAAAUUAACAGCAAGCAAAAAUCAUAAAAUUAAAACAAACACAACUAGAAUCGCUGCAGAUGGAAAGCAACGCAUUUGUCAGCAGCCAUUUGCCAUCACAAGCGCUUGUUGUACUAUCGGAGGCCGCUUCCGGUUUGCAUGAGGCACUGCGUGGCCAACGUCCGUUUCCAGCAAGAUUACCUGACGCCAAAGAUCUACACAACAUGUCACUAGUCGGCAACUAUAGCACCCAAUUCCUACACAACUUCCAUCCGCAUCUGCUGCAGACGCUCAACCAUGGAAUGCUGGCGGCCAAUGGAGCAGCUGCCGCCGCUGCUGCGGCCGGUGCUCCGGGCGGGUAUUUCGCCAGCGAGCGCUCGCCGCUGGGAAAGCCGUCGGUGCUGUCGAAUUUCUCGCUGCCGUCGGCCUUCUCGCCGCCCAAGUAUAUUGGCAUAUCCCUGGAUCAGAAUCUUUUCAAUGGCAACGAAUCGUUUCGCACGGAUUCGGCCAGCCCCACGUGCACGUCACACGAAUCCAUGGAGGGAUCACAGGAUUACGAUGCCGUUGAAAAGGGUGAAAGUCCGCGCAGCAAUAAUUCUCAGGAUCCCAGGGAUUUAAGACAUCUGCACAAUGUGAGCAAAGCGCAUACGAUUGCCUCCUCCUCGACAGCAUCCAGCAGCUCGUCGUCCUCCUGCUCGACCAGCUCGGCGGCAGCGGCAGCGGCGGCAGCAGCAGCAGCCAUUAGCUCGGCGGCGGUGGCUGCGGCCACCAGCAGCGCAGUCGUCUCCAUGGCCACGCAUUUGGCCAGUGCGCAUCAGUCGUCGCCGGGUCACCAUCAUCCGCAUCCACAUCCGCAUUCUCAUCCGCAUCACGGGCAUCAUGUGGGCGCCGGCGGCGGGCAGCUGCAACCGCCCACGCACCACCAUAUGGUGCAUGCCCAUCCACAUCCGCUGACCCAUCAUCACGCCGCGCUGGCCAGUCUGGCUGGACUGCGUGCGAUGCCGGGUGGCAUGAGCCUGGUCAGCGGUUUGCAGGCGGCGGCUGCCGGUGGCGCCAUACCCGAUCUCUGUCCCGUCUGUGGACUGAAGCUGAGCCCCGAGGAAUGGCACACGCACUUCCUCACCGAGCUGGACCGCCUGUACAAGCUGAGCGCCGGCUUCGAGCGCGCCAAUCUCCAGGCCACCUACAUGUUCGCACCGCCCUGCCCCGCCCAGGAGAACGCCAUACGCACCAGCCACAAUCGCUGGGAGACCUUUCAGCGCAUUCGCAACAAUCGACAGAAUAGACUGCGGCUGAAGGUGCGCAAGCGUAAAUACGGCGAAAUGUACAUGAUGGAGAGUCUCUACUGUAGUAGUUGUCCCAUAUGCAAGCGCAAGUAUGCGCUCGAAACAGGGAAACUGCCUCCAGAGGAGGACACCAAGAUGCAGGAUGAAAUCGAAACGGUGGAUGUGGAGAGCUGCAACGAUGAUGUGCCGGACUCUGGCUCGGAGCUGCCAACGGCAGCUGGUGGUGCAGGUGCCCUGACGCCCAACAUGCCGCCCUCCAGCAUGCACAACUCGAACGCCCAGCCGGGCAAAUUGGAUGGCAUACUUUAUCGCACGGCGUGCGUUAUUAACCAGAAGGAUGCGCAUGGAGAUGAGCAGGAUGUGAGCACCAACGUGACGGCAGCCAGCAGCAGCAGUGUCAGCUGGUCGGGCGAGACAACGGCCAGCACUCAGGCGCACAUCAGCGUGAAAAACGUCAGCGAGCUGUCAUCUACCACACAUCACUAUUACAAUGCGGACUCCUGCGGCGUGGGCGUGGCUGAGCAUAGCAGCAAUAACAACAACAACAACAAUACGACAACUGCAACCAAAUAUGCGGAGUCCAUGGAGAACAGUCUGUCGCAGCUAUCGUCAAUGGGCGUGCCGGGAUUAACACAAUUGGACACAAAGGUGGGAAUUAGUUCGGAUUUAAAACCGGACGAUGAAAACAAAUGUUUCAUUUGUAAGACAGGCAUAAAGGAUCUCAACACAGAUGCGUUUCUACGCGGACGCAAUUUCUAUUUCCAUCAGAGCUGCGCCAAUGUGAUGAGCAGCUAUAGGCUCAAUAAGGAGCUGCUCAGCCAGGCGCAGGCACAAAGGGAGGCCAAUGCGGCGAAUGCGGCGAAUACGCCGCGCAGCUUGUCGCCAUCGCCCGCACAGUCGCCGCAGCAGAGCGCUGCCACCCCGGCCAUGGAGUAGACGGCGAAUUGAGCAAUCAAAGCGUGAAUUUAUUACAGUUAAUUAAUUCAAAUAUUGUGGUAGCUAAUGAAACAAGUUAAGCGAAUAUCAUGUUUAAUUGGGCAUGUCAAACGCUCGCCCCAAAGCGGGCAACAGUUUUUGUCUCGAUUCCUUUCUGCGGUGCUGCCCAAAAGCGAGCAACCAAUUAUUUCUAAUAAUAUUUAUUUAUUUUGUAUAUUUUUUCACCUAUUCGCUGUGUAAAUUUGCGAAAUCGAAUUAAAUUUUUUUUUUUUUUUAAUUCUCGAAGUUAACAAAAUUAAUUUCCAAAUAUCGAUGUUUAGUGCAAUUUUUGCGUUGCCUUUACGACUGUUUACCAAGCAGCUCGACAUAAAUAUAAUUUUCUUUGUUUCUUAGUACUCCAAAUUCUUGAAUGUGCUAUAAUUGUUAAAUACAAAUGAAAUUAGUUAUCAUAACUAAGCCAAUUAGUUGUACAUUUUAAGCGUAAAAUAUUUAUG